AUGACGCACACCAAUGGAGUCAACGGCACCUCCUCCAAUGGGGCAAAUGGCCACACGAGCACUCGUCGUCCUCUCCUGCCCGGCAUCUGCGCCCCAACAAUGACCUUCUUCGACCCCACAACCGAAGACCUCGACAUCCCCACCAUCAAGCGCCACGCCAUCCGACUCGCCGAGUCCGGGCUCGUGGGCCUGGUAACUAUGGGCAGCAACGGAGAAGCCGUCCACCUCUCCCCCGCCGAAAAGACAGCCGUCACCCGCGCCACGCGAGAAGCCCUCGACAGUGCUGGCUUCACACAAAUCCCCAUCAUCGUCGGGGCCACCGAAGGCAGUGUCCGAGGCACCCUAAACCUGAUCAAAGAAUCCGGGAAGGCAGGCGGGGAAUACGUGCUCCUCCUCCCGCCCAGCUAUUUCCGCGGCCUGAUGGACGAAGAUGCCGUAUACAGGUACUUCGUCGAGGUCGCGGACGAGAGUCCGCUCCCCAUCAUCCUGUACAACUACCCCGGCGCCGUGGCCGGCAUCGACAUGGACUCCGACCUGCUAAUCCGCCUUGCUGCACACCCGAAUAUCGUGGGCACGAAGUUCACGUGCGGGAAUACGGGGAAAUUGACGCGUGUCGCGCUUGCUACGAAUGCAAAGACGCCUUUCUCCGAAGGGUCGGGAUACAUGGCGUUCGGCGGGAUGUGCGAUUUCACCGCCCAGACCCUGGUGUCAGGGGGAAGCGGCAUCAUUGCAGGCGGCGCGAACGUGAUGCCGAAGGUUUGUGUGAAGGUGUGGGAGCUGUAUAAGCAGGGGAAGAGGGACGAGGCGUUUGAGUUGCAGAAGGUGUUGAGUAAGGGGGAUUGGGUGCUGACUAAGGCUGCGAUUGCCGGGACCAAGAGCGCCAUUCAAUCGUACUUUGGAUACGGGGGAUACCCGAGACGGCCGUUGAAACGAUUGGACGAAGUCAGGACACAAAGCAUUCGGGACGGGGUGGCGGAGGUUAUGAAGCUGGAGAAGAGUUUAUAG